AUGGAGAGUGGGAAACAUAAUGAUGAAGGAGGUGAUAAGACAAAAAAUGGAAAAUCCAAUAUCUGCCAGGAAUGUGGCGCUGAGUUCAGAAAACCUGCUUACUUGAAGCAACAUAUGCAAAGCCAUUCGCUUGAGGAACAACUCCUUAAAUAUAUUGAAAUAAUGUGAUCCUGGAUAUAUGAGCGUGAAGCAUUGGAUCCCACAUUAAGAACUCCAAAAUGCACGAGGCUGCAUUUUCCUCACUUGAUUGGAUCAGUAUCAGGUUGGGAGACCUCCUGAGAAGCUCCAUCAAGUGGGCCUCGGUCACGCUACAGUAGUUUGAGGUUUGAAGUCUAGUAAUUGAGAAUGCUGUGGAAGAGGCUUUUUUUUAGCCAAUACACUCAGAAGCUGACCAACUUUAUUGCAUUAUUCUAAUGCAGAGGCCAUAUAUAUGUUCCAUAGAUGGUUGUGAAGCUAGUUACAGAAGAAAGGAUCAUUUGACUCGCCACCUUCUCCAUCAUCAAGGAUUGAUAAUCAAGUGCCCUAUUGAAGGUUGUAGUCGUGAAUUUGCAUAUAUAUCGUGUGUAAAUAGACACUUAAAAGAAUGCCAUGAAGGAGGUGCUCCUCCCGAAGAAUGUCAGAAGCAGUUUGUUUGCCCUGAAGAUGGAUGCGGGAAGGUUUUCCGAUAUGCCUCUCAACUGCAAAAGCAUGAACAUUCCCAUUUUAAGCUAGACUCAAUAGAGGCAUGUUGUGCUGAACCGGGUUGUAUGAAAACAUUUACCAACAAGAAAUGCCUCCAGGCUCAUAUGCAGUCCUGCCACCAAUACAUAAAUUGUGAGAUUUGUGGGGAAAAAAAAUUGAGGAAGAACAUGAAGCAACAUCUACGACAAAAGCAUGAAAGUCAAGGUUCACCAGAGGCAAUUCCUUGUACGCAUGAGGGCUGCAGUAAGGUUUUUUCAACAAUUUCAAAUCUCCACCAACACAUGAAGGUCGUGCAUCUCGGUGAAAAACCAUUUGCUUGCGGUUUCCCUGGUUGUGGCAUGAGAUUUGGCUACAAGCAUGUUCGAGAUAAUCAUGAGAAGAAGGGCCAGCAUGUUUACACUAAUGGGGAUUUUGAAGCAGCUGAUGAACAAUUCCGGUCAAAGCCAAGGGGAGGGAGAAAAAGGAUCCGUCCAACCGUUGAAAUGCUUAUAAGGAAGAGGAUUACCCCCCCAAGUGAGUUGGAUUUCAUCAUGAUUGAUGAGGAAUGUUAAGUGUCUUGUCUGGUUUGUCUGAAGGCCUCUCUACUCGAAAGGAGCCAACCCCUUCUGUUCAUUAAAUGUAUAGAAUCUGUAUUUUACAAUGUAAUCCCUCCCCUUACCACAAGCAAAAUAGAAGACUCGUGUAUUUUUUGUGUUCAUUGGCAGUAAAAUCCUCAAGUUCUUGGUUCCUUAA